AUGAUGGAUUGGAUGCCGGCCGACCCGACAUUUUUACCGAAUGACUGGAGGAUUUUUGGAUAUAAAGAAGAAGGUGCUCAGGAUGCCAGAGCGAUCCGAAAAUUACAGAAAGAUGAGAUCCCCGUAGUAGAGGCAUUGUCAACAGAUGAGAGUUGGGAAAGAUGGUUUUCUAACACAAUUGGAAUAUCGCCUCUCGAUACAGAGAGGGAAGGGUUACAUUUGUUACUAUGCAGCAGAGCACCCGAAGUGUUCGAGGGAGAUCCCUCACCACCUAGUUAUUUGCCUUUUACAUUGCCGAUAUGGGAGCUAGUGGUGCCUAGUUGGCAUGUGCACAGAGGUAUCACUCGCGUUAUUUCUAGAAGGGUUGCUUGCUUCUCUGCAACAAAACAUCUUAACAGUAGCGAGCAGCCUGAGUUUUGUAAGUGCGGCGCAUUUGUGAUCACUAUUGACUCUUGUAUCAAAGUACUGACGAGUGCCAUUUACUCAGCUUAUCUAGCACGAAUGUCAGCUGGUCUCCCUGAUGAUCUUGCUCUAUCGACUACCUACAUUCCGGGUACGAAAUCACAGUUUUGCAUCGUGUAUGGGUGCAAUAAAUCGCAGAUGCAAAAGAUUCAACGACGCAUAUCUUUAGCAGGCGAUGGACUGCAUCAUCCACUGACCACCGUAGGAAUUUUCGCAGAGAUAGAAAGAGAGAGGCUCGUCAGUGCCGUUGACGAUCUGGUGGACCAGUUUUCUCUUCGUGCUGAAGUAUUAGACAUGAAGUACUGGAACACAGAUAUUCCCGUCGACAACCGCAAAACCAGGGAAAAUCUCGCCAUCUGCCUGCGGAGUCGCGAAUUGGCCGAUCAGAUACGGUCCACCAAGAGACAAAUCUCAAAGUUUAUAUCCCACAUUGAUCGUUUCAAUGAAUGGAUGACCGGUAUAAAUUCCGAGGCAACAAAUAAUACCGUGGAUGUUAAAGAGAGGAUGAAAUUCAGAGAGAUCGGAGAAAGAAUAAGGAUCAGACUACAAGACAUCCUUCACGAGUACGACGAUAAAAUCGACGAAUGCAAGAUGAUGUCCGAGAGCUUAUCGCUCAUUAUGCAGACACAAUGGAAUCAAAUCGCCCAGAAGGAUUCGACAACCAAUACAAAAAUCGCAAGGGUCAACAACAUGAUUGCAGUUGAGACCAAGACCGAGAGCAUUCAGAUGAAGUCAAUUGCUCUUCUGACAAUGAUAUACAUACCGCUCUCUUGUGUAGCUCAGUCCGUAUUUUCAACUUCCUUAUUUAAUUUUCCAUCAGAUGGGCAGUCAAUCGUAUCAAAAUAUAUCUGGGUGUUUGUUGUUUGCUCCCUUGUACUUACAUUGGUCACGGUUGCUACGUGGCAUUACGCUACGAACUGGUAUGAAAAAAAGAAACUGGAACGAAGUAACAGUUUCAAAUUUAUGGGCGAUAAUUUGGUUUAG